AUGGCUUCUGGUGUCUCCCUUGCAGGACCCGACGAGCUCUCUGUAAACCCCACCGCCCCCGUCGCCGUCGACAACAUUACAUCUUCACUAGAAGGAACAUAUCUUAAUGCGACAAAUGUACUGGGGGCCUCUACGGCAUCUGCUCCGUUGCAGUCAAAUGCGACCACCCAUUCUACCCCUGGUGGGGAGAGCUCUGCCCCUGCUAUCAAGUCCGUAGACGCAUCGUCUGCCCACGACCAAGUCGUGACCCCGUGGGAUGUCCAGGGAUCUGUAUCGUCCGACGGCCAGCAACUGGCGAUCGAUUACGACAAACUCAUUGACCAGUUUGGCACACGAAGAGUAGAUGCGGCCGUGCUAGAGCGCUUUGAGCGGUUGACGGGGCAUAAACCCCAUGUGCUGAUGCGCAGGGGCAUGUUUUUCUCGCAUCGGGAUUUUGACAAGAUCUUGGAUCGCUACGAGCAGGGAAAACCAUUUUUCUUAUACACUGGGCGUGGACCAAGUAGUGACAGUAUGCAUUUAGGGCAUAUGGUGCCUUUCAUUUUCACAAAGUGGUUGCAGGAUGUUUUCGAUGUUCCAUUAGUGGUUCAGCUGACGGACGACGAGAAAUUCCUUUUCAAGCAUGAAUUGAAGCCUGAGCAGACGUAUGCAUUUUCGAAACAAAAUGCCAAAGAUAUAAUUGCCGUCGGGUUCAAAAAGGAUAAGACAUUCAUUUUCAGUGAUUAUGACUACGUCGGUGGAGCGUUCUACCGCAACGUAUCCAAGGUCUCCCGUCAAAUUACUAUUAAUCAAGCAAAAGCUACCUUUGGAUUUAACGACUCCGACAACAUCGGCAAGAUUCACUUCGCGGCUAUCCAAGCCUCUCCCUCCUUCUCCAACUCCUUCCCACAAAUAUUUGGCGAAGUGACGAACAUCCCCUGCCUGAUUCCCUGUGCGAUAGACCAGGACCCAUACUUUAGGCUUACGCGGGAUGUCGCCGUCAAGCUCAAGUACCCUAAACCCGCUCUGCUGCACUCCAAAUUCUUCCCCGCGCUUCAAGGCCCGCAGACGAAGAUGAGCGCGUCGAACGCUAACAGUAGCAUCUACAUGACCGAUACCCCAGCGCAGAUUAAAAACAAGAUCAAUAGACAUGGAUUCUCUGGCGGCCAGGAGACGGAGGAAGAGCAUCGAAGGCUGGGCGGGAACCCCGAUGUAGAUGUGGCGUAUCAGUAUUUGGGCUUUAUGAUGGAGGACGAUGAGGAGUGGGCCAAGAUAGGCGAAGAAUACCGGGCUGGCCGUCUGUUGACAGGACAAAUGAAGUCCAAGUGCAUUCAGUAUUUGCAGGACUUUGUGAAGGGCUUCCAGGAGCGGAGGGCAAAGGUUACGGAUGAGGAAGUUAAAGAGUUUAUGGAUGGCAACCGCAAGAUAGAGCCAACAUUUGGGAAACGCAGUGUCCCUUCUGCUUGA